AUGGCGGUAAGAGAGGGAUACCUAUGCCCUCAGGGAUCCAGGUCAGGAAGUGAUCAGCAUAAUUCAGGAUGCCGCUACCACGGAGGAGCUGCCAAUCAUGAGUUACACAACUGUGACGAAUUUAGGCAGGAGGUUCGGAGGAUGUUAUCACUCAAAACUUUGAGAUGUCAGCGAAAGUCGAGGAUAGAGGGUGAAGUGAACAUAACCAGGUUCGGCCGAGAGGCCUCUACCCCCAAUCCAAGAAUAGUUUUUUCUGCUCCCAACACACCAACACCACCAACACCACCAAUAACGAUUAUCCGAGGUCCACCUCAACUCUCAGUCACUAAUACCCAUGCGGUACCUUGGAACUACAACCUCCAAGAAUUUACUCAGGGUGCAUCCAGCAGCACUUCAACUCCUACCCUCAACCAUACCCACACUCAACCCAUUACCCCUCCUAAGCCAUGCUUCGCUCCUCACGAGCAUUUUAAGAUGACCUGUAUAAGACCCUCCAACAAUGCUACUCCCCAACCAGACCCAAAACCUAUCACAACCAGUAACUCACUCCCACAAGAUCAGGAAGUGGACUUUAUAACCAGGAGUGGGAGAUGUUACGGAAAUGAUGAGGCAGAAACGAAGAAGGAGAGAGUAAAAAUGGGAGAGCCACAAGAAAAUAUGGAGGAAGGGGCUGUGAGGGUUAAGAAAGGGGAACCUAGUGAAAAGAAAGAAGAGGAGGAACUGUUGCUACAGAUCAUAAAACAAAGCGAAUAUGACGUCAUUGAGCAGUUAAGAAAGACACUCACUCGAUUUUCCUUACUGUCCUUGAUUUUAAGCUCGGCGUCCAAUUUUAUCACUUUUUCGGAAGAUGAAGUAGACCCGACUGGCUUGAAGCAUACCAAAGCUUUGCACGUGACAGUCAAGUGUAAGGGGUACAUAGUUGCUAAAGUCCUGAUUGAUAAUAGAUCUGCCCUCAAUGUCUUGCCUAAUGCCACAUUAGCAAAAUUACCUGUUGAUCCAUCAGCCAUAUGCCAAAGUGCCAUAGUAGUAAGAGCCUUUGACGGUAUAAAGAGAGAGGUACUAGGGGACAUCGAUUUGCCGCUUCAGAUCAGGGCAUGCACUUUUAACGUCACGUUUCAAGUAAUGGAUAUUGAGUUGACAUACACCAUGUUGUUAGAGAGACCCUGGAUCCAUUCGUCAAAUGCGGUACCUUCAACUUUGUAUCAAAGGAUCAAAUACAUCAUGAGCAGCAAAAUCAUCACAUUAAGAGGGGAGGAAGCCAUGCUAGUCACUGAGCCUCAAUCGGUUCCUUAUGUAGAAACAACCGAAAGAUCCUUGGAAAGUUCUUUCCAAGCGUUGGAGUUACAAAGAACUACUCCGAAGGACGAAGGGGCUGUCGCAAUAGUUGUAAAGGUGAUGUUGAAGAGUGGCUAUGAAAAAGGCAAGGGAUUGGCCACUGCGUUACAGGAGAUUAUCAAACCUGUACCGGCUAUCCAGAAGAUUGGUCACUUCAGCUUGGGAUAUGAGGAAGAUGCUUUAGUGGAUGGAAGAUUCUAG